AUGGACAGCUACCGCCAAAACAACAGCUACCAGACGUACAACGUCGACCUCCCGGGCAAGCAGGAGGAGGCUGCUGAGCAGCCUCCCGUCAGCAGCCUCGCCCGUCGCAUCCAUGGUUGGAGCUGGCAGGCGUUCCCCAUCGGCAUGGGCACCGGUGCCGUCUACGUGACCCUCUCCGGCCUGAAGGAACACUCCCAGACGCUCACCAACGUCGAGACCGUCUUCUUCUUCAUGAACAUCGCGCUCUUCCUCCUCAACACGAUCACCCUCCUCCUCCAGGUCAUCCUGUACCCGAGGCAGGCGCUCCGUCUAAUCAAGGACCCCGUCAAGGGCAUCUUUGUCCCGCUCGUCGUCCUCUCGUUCGCCACGAUCAUCAUCGGCCUGGUCAAGUAUGCGGUCCCAUCAGGGCACGUAAGCCCGUUCUUCGUCUACGACCUUUUCUGGGUUUACAUCGUCUUCGCGCUCGUCGUCUGCUUCCCGAUGCUCAUGAUCUGGUUCAACAACCCGCACGAUCUGAGCACCUUCACCCCCGCCUGGGCGUUCUUGAUCUUCCCGAUGAUGCUCGUCGGCAUCGUCGCGAUCAACGUGCUCGAGGUCAUCCCGCUCACGGACGACCGCGCGCUCGGCGUCCUCCUCGUCGGCUACGUCUUCCAAGGCGCGUCUGUCUCCCGAGCCCGUCUCGGCUUCUUCAUGACGUUCUUCUACAUCUGCAUCUACAUCAUCCGGUGCACGGGCUUCCUCGACGGCCACCAGGCGAACGGCGCGUUCGUCGCCUGCGGGCCCCCCGGGUUCACCGCGCUCGCGCUCAUCAAGCUCGGGCAGGCGGCGCGGACGAUCCUGCCGCACCACGGGCUCGUCACCGAGAUCGCGGGCGAGGUCUGGUUCGGGGUGUCGGUCAUGUCCGGGCUGAUGCUCUUCGGGCUCGCGGUGUUCCUGUUCUUCUUUGGGCUGUUCCCGUACUGGUUCAAGCUGCACAAGCACCUGCGCGAGAUCCUCGGAUGCUGGGCGCUCACGUUCCCGAACGUCGGCUGGAUCGCGACGAUCCGCGUGCUCGGCGACAUCUUCGACAUCCAGGGGUUCUACACCUGGCACCUGAUCAUGACCAUCCUCCUCGCGUCCGCGUGGAUCGUCCUCAUCGUGCUCACCUUCUGGGCCUUCCUCAAGGGCAAGAUCUUCCUCGCGAAGCCCGAGGAGGUCAUCCACGACAUCGUCGACGCGCCCGAGGACCUCGAGGCCGCGCGCAAGAGCAUCGACAAGGACCCGCACGGCCCUCACGGCCACGGCCACGGCGGCCACCACUAG